GCUAUCUUCUGCAAAGAAGAGGCUAUCAGUGAUCAAUUUAUUACAGCUCCAGUAACACAAUCAAAACCGUCAUCAUGAAACACUUCCUAAGGAUGUUUGUUCAGGUAUGUCUCUACUUCUACUGUAAGUGCUUGUGGCGCUGUCUGAAAUUCGUGGUCAGGAAGCUAACAGGACGAUGCGAGUUGCAAAGGAUCUGUUACAAUACCAAGCCUGGAGCUGCUAGAACUAUGAAAAUAGAGGCAUCACUGAAGGGCUCAAAAAGUAAGCGGCUGCAAACUUCAGUAAGUGUUCACCCUGAUGCUAUUGAAAAAACUAUAGAUGACAUCAUGGAGCUGAAAAGGAUUAAUCCAGAUAUAAACCCACAGCUGGGGGUGUCCCUUCAGGCCUGCCUGCUGCAGAUUGUGGGCUACCGGAAUCUGGUUGCGGAGGUUGAAAAGCUGCGCAGAGAGCCCUAUGACUCAGAGAAUCCACAACAUGAAGAAAUGCUUCUGAAGCUGUGGAAAUGUUUGAAGCCCAAUUCGCCAUUGAAAGCUCGGAUUUCGAAGCAGUGGUGUGAAAUUGGUUUCCAAGGUGAUGAUCCUAAAACAGACUUUAGAGGGAUGGGUCUCCUGGGCUUGUAUAACUUGGUAUAUUUUGCUGAAUGGGACACUGGAGUAGCUCAGCAGGUUCUUUCUGAUUCUCUUCAGCCUAAAUACAGGGAAGUCACUAAGAAGGAAAUAAGCCAAUUCAGUAAAGCUGAAUGGGAGAAGAAAAAGUUUGAUAAGGCAAUUGGCUACUCUUUUGCUAUUGUGGGCAUUAACAUAACAGACCUUGCAUACAAUCUACUCGUGAGCGGAGCUUUGAAGACCCAUUUCUACAAUGUUGCUCCAGAGGCACCAACGCUAACACACUUCCAGCAGACCUUCUGCUACUUAAUGCAUGAAUUCCACAAAUUCUGGAUUGAAGAGGACCCACUGGACAUAAUGGAGUUCAAUCGUGUCAGAGAGAAAUUUCACAAGAGAAUCUUGAAACAGCUCCAGAACCCAGAUAUGGCUCUGUGCCCUCACUUUGCUGCAUCAGAAAGCUUAAUCAAUAUGUAGUUAUUCACUUUUGUUUGUUUUGGUUUGGUUUGUUUGUUUUCCCUUUGGAAACACUGCCUCACUCUUGUGUUAGAUCACUGUUUAGACCUUCACUGACAUAAUGAAUGACCAUGGCGAUUGUAUGCAUGUUUUUGGUGCAGUAUUCAUCUAUUUUUGUCAUAUGUACUAGAUUCCCCUCUGCUUCUCUUCUUGGGGAUUUCUCAUUAUAAAUGGGUGCUCAUAUUGCAGCAUUAUGCAGUGUUAUGUUCUGAAUUAAUGUCCAGGUAUCAGAGUUUUUUCUAUUUUUUUAGACUUUCUUCAUAAUUCAGCAUUGAAGAAUUGAAUUGUAUUUCUCUAGCUGUGUUUUUGUAUAUGUGGAAUAAUUAGCUGGAUCUUGUAUUGUGAAAGCUUUUUAACUUCUUCAUAUGUUUUUAAGA